AAAUGACGUAUCGCGGAAAAUGAUUCUAAAGCGCGCAGAUGAAUUUUCACUGUUUAGAGUGAAAGUUGCUCAACAUGGGGCUUCGAUGGCAAAUAAUACUUCUAGUUACAUGCUUGUUGCUAGUGGCAAUUGAUGCUGGUCGCAAGUCAAAAUCACAAUCUAGCAGUAGAGGUGUUGGUAAAGCGUCACGCUUGUCCGCGCUAAACACGGCCAGAAACAAUAAAAACGUGAAGCAGAACUCGGCGGUCAAAGAUGCAGUUUCCAAGUUCAAGAAUGGCAGAAAAAAUAAGAUAAACGGCAAUAACAACCAAGUCAUCGGUAAUCAAAAUAGAGUCAGCGGAAAUCAAAACGGCUUGAACCCUGCCAACCUGAACCAGCCCACCAUUUUAAGGCAGAAUCAGGGCCAGCUCAACGCCCAAAACCGACCUCCGAGCCCUAACAACCUUCAACAGAAUCCUCAGAGCAACCCUGGCGCCCAGCAAGUUAAUCAGCAGUACCAGGCCCCCCUUCAGUCAGGCUACCCUGCUCAGGGUGGGCAGUACCCAAUGCCAGGGCAAAUGCCUCAGCAGGGCCAAAUGGGGCCACCGCAAGGAGGGUGGCCACCACAAGGAGGGUGGCCACCUAAUUCUUACCCGCAGCCACCGCCGCCGGGUUUUGGACAACAGCAAGCGCCGAGCGGCAGCAAGAGUGGAGGCCUGUUUGGACCAAUUUUGCCUGUUCUUGACAUCGUCUCGGGAGUGAGACUGGCCGGUGAAGCUGGAAAAGCAUUGAUGGGGAUGAAAGGAAAACCUAGAACUCGUCAAGAUUCACAAGGUUCCAGGAAAUCUGCAACAAACGGAACGAUCCUUGAUAGCAAUGCGACCGUUACCAACUCAUCAGAUGGAAUGUUCCCGAUGUUUCCAGAACAAUUAUUCAACGCCUCAUUUCCUCUAUUCAACAACUCAAACGACUCGAACGGCAGCAUGCCUAUGACUUUCAAUCAGUUUUAUCCAGUAGCUCCUAAUGGAAAUGUAUCUGGGUAUCAACCUGAAGCUCAAUUCCUGCCAUCUCCUGGAAUGUUUAAUCCGUACAAUCCGUUUCAAAAUCCGAACAUGUCGUUCCCUUACGGUAUGCCCUAUCCGAAUGCUAUGCCGUACCCUUACAUGAAUCCAUUCUAUCGCAACAACCUUAAUGCGCAAAACGAAAGCGUUGUAUCAAUCCCAACCACUGAUCCCGCAGGAAAUUUGACUAAUAUGUCUGAUAUGGUGGCAAUGGAAAAUAAGGAAAAUAACAGCUCAGUGGAUAUUGCUGAUGGAGAAAUUCCCAAAACAGGCGUCGUUUACAAAUCUGGUGUGUGAGAAGGACGACACAUGCACAUAUUUUUGGUUUUUAAUGUGGUAGUAAUAUGUAAUUUUGAGUUUGGAAAUAAAAGGAAUAUUGGUCUA